CACUAUCAUCGCUCGGAACAGUGAUAUCCUUUACCCGCAGCUGCUGUCGCACAGCCGAAUGUCCUUCCAUCACAGUGAGUUGGUACGCCGCGAGAAAACAUCAUCACCGCGUGACGUGAACGUGAAGAAUUAAUCGAUAAUCGCGUGACGUGAAAAUCGAAAUCGGGUGAAAAGUGGUUGAAUUUUCGAGCGAAUAAAGAGGGUUUUGACCUGCGGAAAAUUGGAUUAAAAUUGUUCACUUUGUGCGGAAGUUUUCACGCAGGAGAAAAGAAAGAAAAGUGAUGUGAGAAAAACGCAGAGGAAAAGCAUUCGGGGGCUAAGGCGCAGCCACACGCAUUUUAUGGCAGUAUUUUUCCUACAAAUCUAGUUACCCAGUGGUUUCCGCAAAUCUUGCAAUACAAAAACGUAAUCGUGAAACGCUCUUAGCCUACUGCUUGAAUCAGCAAGCUUUCCCUUAAAAGUUGGGAAGUUACUUUAGUCAUAGCAGCAACUUGCUUGGAUUAUACAAUUAGAGGAACGAUACUAACCAUAAGAUCUCAAAAUGCCCAUCGUAAGCAUUCUGAAGCGCGCGUCCAGUUACAUCAUGGGCAGUGACGAGGACGGCGAUGAGGGCAACAACGAGAUGGUGUACGAGGACAACGAGGUCCUGUUCUGCAAGAACAACAUUUGCGUCCAUCCACCGGCGGUGAUUCGGCAGGAAUCCGAUGUGCUGCACUAUCCGGGCUAUUUGACCGUAACCACAAAGACUUUUAUCGAUCAGUAUAACAAUGCAAAGCGACCAACGCUGUUUCUCACGUGGAUCCCGAACUCGACGUUGAGAAAGUGUCCGUCGACGGUGGAGAAUGUGGGGUUUUUCAGGUGUAACAGCUUGAGUGAGAACAAACUAAAGUUACAUCAACAGCACGAACAGCUUAAAUUGCAACAGAAGGAACAACUUCAAAAGGGCGAAGGACUUGCAGGUCACUCCGUUCCGGAAAAGCCCGGUGAAAAUCCGUUCGUCACGACGAUCAAGAUCGCAAACACAAAUCCAUUCCUGGAACCGUACAACGACACACUGGCGCAGACUUCGAGCGAUGCCAAGUCGAUGAACUGCUCGGACUACUCGGAAACCAUCAGCAUCAGUUCCAGCUCGGACAAGGCCAGUCUCUGCAACAGCAACGAAUACAGCCGUGAAGACGUGCACGACGACGAAGAAGACGAAGGCAUCAUAACCUCCGAGACGAACAUGUCCACCAGCAUCGUCGAAGAGUCUACCGAAGAGCAGGAAUUGAAAACCGAACUUCAACCGUUGAUCGAAACGGAAGAAAGCGCCAAAGCGGCCAGCUCCGCCAAGGUGUUACCCUCGCAAACUUCGGUCACCUCGGUCAACAUCACGAUCGCCAGUCCACACAUCCAAAACGUAGACAUUCCACCCCCGGACGCCGUCCUUCCGCCCAACGAGCGCUUCAUGCGAUCCCUGUCCGUGUCCUCAAGCGACGAAAACAACCCCAACUGGAUGUCCCCCGAGCUCCUCGCGUACAAGCACAAUCUGGCCUUCCCGGAGAGUGCUUCCGCGUCGCCGAUCGUCAACCGGAAGACCCCGCUCAAGUGUCGAAGGUUCUCGGUGGACCUUAGUCAGAUGCGUGCGCUGAGGCUGUUCUUCAACGACGAGAACUGCACGUCCGGACAGUUGGUGAUUGCGUCCCGUGAGUCGCAGUAUAAGAUACUGCACUUUCACCACGGCGGGCUGGACCAUCUGGCGCAGGUGCUGCACCAGUGGCACUGCUUGCUGCACAACAUUAAGCUGGCGCCGGGCCAAGACGAACCGAACCAGCCGUACCGCCAGUUCAUGGUGUGCCGUCCGGAGGUGCGCAAGUCCGAACUCCACCCCGAGGAGAACAAGGUCAACAAGAUCACCACCGACUACUUUUACGGCACGUUGCUCAACGAGAAGGGCCAAAUCGAGGACGACCUGCAGCUGCGCAAGUGCGUCUUCUUUGGCGGCCUCGAGAAGAGCCUGCGCAAAACGGUGUGGCCGUUCCUGCUGCACUGCUACAGCACCAGCUCGACGUUCGAGGACCGGGCGGCGCUGGCGGAGAUUCGCCGUCAGGAGUACGAGGAAAUCACCCGGCGGCGGCUGUACUCGAUGUCCCCGGAGGCGCAGGCCCAGUUCUGGCGUACGGUUCAGUGCGUCAUCGAGAAGGACGUGGUGCGUACCGAUCGUGGGAAUCCGUUCUUUGCCGGCGAGGACAACCCGAACAUUGACACGAUGAAGAACAUUUUGCUGAACUAUGCGUUCUACAACCCGGGAAUGUCUUACACGCAAGGGAUGAGCGACCUGCUGGCACCGGUUCUGUGCGAAAUCAAAAACGAAUCUGAAACGUUCUGGUGCUUUGUGGGACUUAUGCAGCGGGCAAUCUUUGUCUGCACACCAACCGACAACGACAUUGAUCGAAAUUUGUGCUACCUGAGGGAAUUGAUACGAUUGAUGGUUCCUAGUUUCUACAAGCAUCUACAAAAGCACACCGACGCCAUGGAAUUGCUGUUUUGUCAUCGCUGGAUACUGCUCUGCUUCAAGCGCGAAUUUACGGAAGCCGUGGCCAUCCGGAUGUGGGAGGCGUGCUGGUCCAAUUACCUGACCGACUACUUCCACCUGUUUCUGUGUUUGGCCAUCAUCGCGGUGUACGCCGACGACGUGAUUGCUCAAGAUUUGCGCACCGACGAGAUGCUGCUGCACUUUAGCUCGUUGGCCAUGUACAUGGACGGUCAGCUGAUCCUGCGCAAGGCCCGCGGUCUGCUGUUCCAGUUCCGCCAGUUUCCGAAAAUUCCGUGCACACUGUCUGGCCUCUGCAAGCGGUGCGGCCCCGGCAUGUGGGACUCGGGCCACCAUCCGUCGAUCGAGUGCAUCGGCCACCUGGACCACGAAACGUGUGCGCUCGCCGUGGAUUAAAGGAAUUGAUUUUUUUUAAAGAGGAAAGUGUGUGAUUGUGAUGUGAGAGAAGAGAGAUCUGAUGCUUUAUUUUUAUUAGUUUAGCACUAUGAAAAAACAAGAGAAGAAUUAAUCGAUUUAGACACAUGCAGCAACUGCUUCGUAGAUAAGAUUAUUUAUUGCAAAAUCAAACCAGAAAACUCUUUAGCUCUCCAAAAUAGUCGUUAUUUUACUGUUGAACGGAUAAAAAGACAAGCACUUUAAGCUAUAGUAUGAUGAGU